GGGAUGAAGCCAGCAGAGAUCAGACUCUCUCUACAGAGACCUCUACAGCACACACAUCCAGACAUGGCACCUACAAUCACUGCAGCAAUGACCAACUCUCAGGAGCAUCUGACUCUGACUCACAAGCUCAGAAAGCCUCUGGUGGAGAAGUUACGCAGAGAGCGAAUCAAUAGCAGCAUUGAGCAGCUCAAGUCUCUCCUGGGUCCAGAGUUCCUCAAACAGCAGCCAGACUCCAAGCUGGAGAAAGCAGACAUCCUGGAGAUGACAGUUUGCUUCCUGAGACAACUGCAGCAGCAGCAGCAGCAUCAAGCUGUGGACUCAGCAGCUGUCAAUCAGGGCUACUCCAGAUGUGUCCAAGAGGUGGCACACUUCCUGUCCAAAGAGGAGGUGAAGACACAAUCCCAGAGAAGACUGCUGAACCACUUCAACAGGCUGCAGUCCUCCUCUGAUAAGAACCUGAGAGAGGCUGACUUCUCUCCUCUGAGCUCUUCAGUCCAGACCAGCAUCACCAAAGACAAGAGUCCAGUCAACAGCGCCCUCUGGAGGCCAUGGUAGACACCUACAGACUGGAGUCACUACCAGACAAACUGAGAUGACCAUGUUGGUCAGAAGUUAUUUUAUCAGACAUGAUUCUGAAAUUUAAUAGAAGUGUCUGUACAAAAGUGUUCUUACUUAUCUCAAAGUCUUAUUGGACUGACAUUUUCUUUCUUUCUGAGAGCAUGUUUUCAAUGAAAAAUGCAACUUUUUUUUUCUUUCACAAAGUUGAUAAGUACAACAUGUAUUCUAUGAAUAACAUAUAUUCUCUUAUUGAUUCAUCAAUAUGUUCUAAAAUCUGCAUUAAGUCUUAAAUUUCUGUGGUUCACUAUGUUAAGAUCAGUCCUGUGACAGGAGGUGGCAAAGUUUAGCUACUUUCGGGUAUCGUUUUUCAGUGUGCAUCUUUUCUGAUGUACUUGUAUGUAUAUUUUUACAUUGUAAAAGAUUAUUGACCCAUGUUGGGUCUUGUCGUCGUCUCUUCAAUUAGCAUGUUUUGCUGUGUCAGCAGCAUGUGAAGUUGUGUGAAUCUGAGAGUUAUUUUCACUUUGUUUAGUGUGAACUAAAUGAUUCCCUGUCUUUUGUAAAGAUAUUGAAGCUGUUCACUCGACUCUAUUUGAGUACAUUGUCUUGGACUACAAGUUUUUACCGUGAUGUAUCAUCACCACUAGUGCCCCUGUGGUGGUACAGAAACAUGAUGUGAUUCUUAUAUUCUUUUUGAAUAAUAACAAUAAUAAAAAAACA